AUGUCUACAAAAGGUUUGAAAGAAGAAAUCGAUGAUGUACCAUCAGUAGACCCUGUCGUUUCAGAAACAGUCAAUUCUGCUUUAGAGCAGUUGCAACUAGAUGAUCCAGAGGAAAACGCCACCUCUAAUGCAUUUGCGAAUAAAGUUUCUCAAGAUUCUCAAUUCGCUAAUGGCCCUCCGUCGCAAAUGUUUCCACAUCCACAAAUGAUGGGUGGAAUGGGCUUCAUGCCCUACUCUCAAAUGAUGCAGGUUCCUCAUAAUCCUUGUCCAUUUUUUCCGCCCCCUGAUUUUAAUGAUCCAACAGCACCAUUGAGUAGCUCGCCCUUGAAUGCAGGCGGUCCACCAAUGUUAUUCAAGAAUGACUCACUUCCAUUUCAAAUGCUGUCUUCGGGUGCUGCGGUAGCAACUCAAGGUGGACAAAAUCUAAACCCAUUGAUAAAUGACAAUUCAAUGAAGGUAUUGCCAAUCGCAUCGGCUGAUCCGUUAUGGACUCAUUCAAACGUACCAGGAUCAGCAUCUGUAGCCAUUGAAGAAACCACCGCUACUCUACAAGAAAGCCUACCAUCUAAGGGCAGGGAGUCUAAUAAUAAGGCUAGUUCGUUCAGAAGACAAACUUUUCAUGCUUUAUCACCAACUGACCUUAUCAAUGCGGCCAACAAUGUAACCUUGUCAAAGGACUUCCAAUCUGACAUGCAGAAUUUUUCUAAGGCUAAGAAACCGUCUGUAGGAGCUAACAAUACUGCAAAAACCAGAACUCAAUCCAUAUCUUUUGAUAAUACUCCCUCCUCAACGUCAUUUAUACCCCCAACCAAUAGUGUUUCUGAGAAAUUAUCCGAUUUCAAAAUAGAAACCUCGAAGGAGGAUUUGAUUAAUAAAACUGCACCAGCUAAAAAAGAGAGUCCUACAACUUAUGGUGCAGCAUAUCCAUAUGGGGGACCUUUACUUCAACCAAAUCCUAUUAUGCCAGGCCACCCACAUAAUAUAUCCUCCCCUAUCUAUGGUAUUAGAUCACCUUUUCCUAAUUCUUAUGAAAUGGGCGCGCAAUUUCAACCUUUCUCUCCGAUUUUAAAUCCUACGAGUCAUUCACUAAAUGCAAAUUCUCCAAUUCCUCUAACCCAAUCGCCAAUUCAUCUUGCACCAGUUUUAAACCCUAGUUCAAAUUCUGUUGCCUUUUCAGAUAUGAAGAAUGAUGGUGGUAAGCCCACCACCGAUAACGACAAGGCGGGUCCAAAUGUUAGGAUGGAUUUAAUAAAUCCUAAUCUUGGGCCAUCAAUGCAACCUUUCCACAUAUUACCUCCCCAGCAAAACACCCCCCCUCCUCCCUGGCUUUAUAGCACUCCACCUCCCUUCAACGCAAUGGUUCCGCCUCAUUUGUUGGCUCAAAAUCAUAUGCCGUUAAUGAAUAGCGCCAAUAAUAAACAUCAUGGUCGUAAUAACAAUAGCAUGUCAAGUCAUAAUGACAAUGACAACAUUGGUAAUUCUAAUUACAACAAUAAAGACACAGGUCGUUCUAACGUUGGUAAAAUGAAAAAUAUGAAAAACAGUUAUCAUGGCUACUAUAAUAACAAUAAUAAUAAUAAUAAUAAUAACAAUAAUAAUAAUAACAGUAAUGCUACCAACAGCAACAGCGCGGAAAAACAACGUAAAAUUGAGGAGUCGUCGAGAUUUGCGGACGCAGUUUUAGACCAAUAUAUCGGAAGUAUUCACUCAUUGUGUAAAGACCAACAUGGUUGUCGUUUUCUGCAAAAGCAGUUGGAUAUUCUCGGCAGUAAGGCGGCGGACGCAAUUUUUGAAGAAACUAAGGAUUAUACGGUUGAAUUGAUGACUGAUUCAUUCGGUAAUUAUUUGAUCCAGAAGCUAUUGGAAGAGGUUACCACAGAACAAAGAAUCGUACUCACAAAAAUAUCUUCCCCUCAUUUUGUCGAAAUUUCCUUAAACCCUCAUGGUACUAGGGCAUUACAAAAACUCAUUGAAUGCAUCAAAACAGAUGAAGAAGCACAGAUUGUUGUUGAUUCUUUACGCCCUUAUACUGUCCAGUUGAGUAAGGAUUUAAAUGGUAAUCAUGUUAUUCAAAAAUGUUUGCAAAGGUUGAAGCCUGAAAACUUCCAGUUUAUCUUUGACGCAAUCUCUGAUAGCUGUAUUGAUAUUGCUACUCAUAGACACGGGUGUUGCGUUUUGCAACGUUGUCUAGAUCAUGGGACUACAGAACAAUGUGACAAUCUGUGUGAUAAGUUGCUAGCCCUUGUUGAUAAAUUAACUUUGGAUCCAUUUGGCAACUAUGUGGUGCAAUAUAUAAUUACCAAAGAGGCUGAGAAGAACAAAUAUGAUUAUACGCAUAAAAUUGUCCACCUGUUGAAACCAAGAGCCAUCGAACUUUCUAUCCAUAAAUUUGGAUCAAAUGUGAUUGAAAAAAUCUUGAAGACAGCUAUUGUUUCGGAGCCAAUGAUUCUGGAAAUUUUAAAUAAUGGUGGCGAGACGGGUAUUCAAUCAUUGUUGAAUGAUAGCUACGGAAAUUACGUUUUACAGACAGCAUUAGACAUUUCUCAUAAGCAAAAUGACUAUCUCUAUAAAAGACUAUCAGAGAUUGUGGCGCCUUUACUGGUGGGCCCCAUAAGAAAUACACCUCAUGGUAAAAGAAUCAUCGGAAUGUUACAUUUAGAUUCAUAG